CUCUUCGUGCUUCAGCCUUCACCACUCAAUCUUCGUGUUUCUCAGUUUCUCCUUCACCCAAAUUCCAGCGACGACCCAGCGACGACCCACCACGACCCACCGGCCACCACUGCGAGAGACAGAACGCCUGAACUGAAGCCCUCAACGCACUCACGUCCUUCGCCCUAAUUCCAGCCUCAGCGUCCCACAGACCCACACCCACACUCCAACUCCGACAGAACAACACCGACGAGGCCACCCGGCCACGACCCACCACGACCCACCGGCCACCACUGUGAGAGACAGAACGCCCGAAGCCCUCAACGCAGUCACCUCCUUCGCGCCUUCAGCAGCGUCGCGACCUCAGCAGCUUCGCGGCCUCAGCAGCGUCGCGGCCUCAGCCUCCGUCGCGCCCUCAGCCACUUCGCCGUCAGCGUCUGCCUCAUUUCCAGAGAACGAUAAUCAGCAGCCACAACAUGGCUCUUCGAAUUCCCUGUAACUGCUGCAUUCCAUUCUCAAACCACCAAUCUUCCGCUUCUAACGCUUUCUACACCGCUGCUUUCACAAACCGCCGCAAGUCCACCUCGGCGGCGAGGGCGGAGCUCCGGACGCAGGUGGAUGUGACCGCCCCAACUGCUUACUCGUCACCGUCCGGUGAGGUUCCUACUCACAAGGUCACCGUCCAUGAUACACAAAGAGGAAUUGUUCACGAGUUCGUGGUUCCUGAGGAUCAGUAUAUAUUACACACUGCUGAAUCUCAGAACAUUACCCUUCCGUUUGCCUGCAGGCAUGGUUGUUGUACUAGCUGUGCUGUACGUAUAAAGAACGGACAGAUUAGACAGCCAGAGGCACUUGGGAUAUCUGCUGAAUUGAAAGAAAAGGGCUAUGCACUUCUUUGUGUGGGGUUCCCAUCCACGGACGUUGAAGUAGAAACGCAAGAUGAAGAUGAGGUAUAUUGGCUUCAGUUCGGACGGUAUUUCGCCCGAGGACCAGUGGAGAGAGAUGACUAUGCCUUGGAGUUGGCCAUGGGCGACGAGUAAGUAAAACAAUGUAAAAUCUGAGAACCAUUGGAGCACACAAUGCGGAAUUUUCUGUUUUCCCUCUCUUUUUACAUGGUUCUAGCCUUGAAUAUUUGCACGUCAAGUAAAAUCCCCAAUCCUAUGUAAUCCUUAUGUAAUCUUCAUCCUCUCUUAAAAGUAGUGGACUGUUGUCAUUAGCAUAGUAUACAAAUGUAGGUAAUCUUCAUGCAUAUCUCUGUCAUCGUGGUUUGUGUAAAUUAGUAUUCUAAUACUUGAUUAUAUAUCGCCGCGUAUCAAAUUUUAAA